UUAUGAAUUAGUGCAUGCAUUAAGAAUUUUAUGGAAUUUGGGGAGAGGCUUAGAUAAUUCCUUUUGGUUACUUGAAGAAUUUAAGAAAUCGCAUUGGCAAAAUACAGCAUUGCAUUCACAAUCAUCAAUAUUGAAAGACCACAUCAGUGAUGUAAACAAGAGUUCACCAUUAAAUCCAACUGGAAAAAGAGCUCAAAUAAUAAAUCCUCAUUCUCUUACACCUAAUGAUCAUGAUGAUAGUAAUGAUAAUGGUCCACCUUCACCAUCUUCAUCAAGUACCAUUUUAACGUGGUCAUUGAAUGAGAAAUAUAAAAUGGCUUGUAAAAAUUUAUUAUUUGGUGAUCAUAAGCAUCUGAUUUGGUCAUUGAUAGAAAUAGGACAUCUUGAAAUUAGUGGCGGUUACAAUAUUGUGGAUAAGCUACAGUCUACAUGGGACCAUUUAAAAGGAGCAAUUGGGAAUGUGUAUAUGUUAAAUGAAUUAGCAUAUCAUUAUAAAAAAGCUUCAAAUGAAACCUUUCCAAAUAUAAAUUUGCUAGAAACAAUCAAAAUUGUAAAUGAUGUGUGUACUGAAAAUGUUAAUAACAUGUUUGAAAAUGUAUCUCAAGCUCCUUAUAGUCUUCCUCUUCACUCAUAUACUCCAUCCAAAGAAAUUCACCAUGCUGAGAUAAAACCAAUUUAUGCUCAGAGUGAAGUUGGCACACCGAAUAGUUCACCACUUUUCUUAAACUCUACAAGCAAGAUAUUAGAAUUUUGA